AGGGAAACAGUGCAGCCCGGCCGCCCAUGCCGCAGCGCGGCAGCUAGGUGCUGCGGGGCGGCACUGCCGGCUCGGGGUCAGGUCAGGUCAGGUCAGGUCAGUGCGGGGUUGAAGGAGGAGUUCCCGUGCUGGUGGAGGAGGGGGAGAGAAGAAAAGAAGAGGCGAGAAGGUGUCCUGGCGUCCGACCCUGCUGGCUUGUCUGGAGCUUUGGUAAGCAUUGUGACCGUCAGCGUGCAAUGUGCGGCUCCCAUGAGCUCUAACCGGCAUGGCCACGGCCAGUGCUUGGCUCAGCGAGGCCGGCAGGCGUAAGCGAGCCGAGCUGUGCGCGCGACAGCGGCAGCGCGGCCCGGCGCCGCUGGCCAGCUUCGAAGACAUCAGCGUGGACCGCAGCGUCGACUGCAGCAUGGAGCGGAGUGUCGACCUCGAUAUUGAGGGAGGUGGGGUGAUGGCCAAGGCGGCGCCGGCAGAAAUCAACUGCCAGAAGCUGGCGUUGCCGGCGGUCACCAUCCAGGUCAGCAAGGCGAGCAGCUCGGCCAGCGAGGGAAGCCGAGCGACGACACCCGAGGCCGAUGGAGGCUUCCAGGAAGAGGUUGGUGAGCUGCGAGGGGCCACAGACGAGCUCGGCGCCCCACACAUGUCAGUGAGAAAGGACUCGGUGUCGUCUGCGGGAAGUGAGCUGAUCCUGCCCAUCAGCGGGCGCAGCAGCAGGAUUUCGUCUUUCUGUUCCACAGCGUCGGGUCGGCGAUCUGUGUCACCCUAUCGGACAAUGCUGGAAACGUCUUUCUGCGGUAGUCGGCCGCUAGCACCUCCGGAAGAACCGACUGAAAUCCCGGAGCCGCGGCUUCCGGCCCUCGCAAGCAACGGUCACCACACGCCUUCUCCGGCAGUGUCGCCGCCUAUACGACGAGACUCGACGCCAGUGCGUCGAGAGUCGCCGCCCUUACGUCGAGAGUCAUCACCGUUACGUCGGGAAUCUCCGCCGUUGCGGAAGGAAUCGCCUCCGUUGCGUCGUGCCUCUCCCCCUGACGACAGACGAGCCUGCACCCUGCCACCCCAUCAGGCGCCGCCCAACGAAUCGUCGAGGAAAGCGUCUCUGGGGCAGAACCAGCGGCGACGCGAGGAGUCGCUUAGUCCAGCCAUGACACCAGACUCGCCGCUACCGAGAAGGAAAUCCUCCUUCAGCCGCUUUCUCAGCGAGGCGAAACGGGAACUCAGGGAGCGAAGCAGGUCACGAAGUAAGUCAAAAGAGAGGGAGAUGGACGGUAAAGGGUCGAUCUUGAGCAUUUUCAAAAGAAAAGCCUCACAUCCGAGAAAAGCUGACGGAGAACGCUCACCGCCACGCUCUCCAUCAUUAGAAAAUCGGUUAGAAGAUGAGAUCAAUAAAGUUGAAUUUAAGUUCUUUGAUGGUGAAUCUGCCAACACGAGCGAACAGAUUUGUAAUAACGCCGUCUCUUCUGAAGAGUCUACGGAGAGGAAGGGACCAGAUGCGCCGGUCGUCCAAGGGUAUGGGAAUGUGAUGCGUGAGCUGAACUCUGCUCUCAUGCAGAGAACACAACGACCAGCCGGCGAGUCCCCUCCGCCUGCGCUACCACUGAAGUCCCCUUCUCGGCUAACACGAGACUUUGGUGCUGUCUCAGUGGAGCAUGAUCACCCACGACCAGCCGGGGUCGAGCUAGGACCAAGGGUCUUACCUGCCGUCAUUCCCAAAUUAGAUAAAAAGAAAGACAAUGAAAAUAAGUCAGCUAGCACCAAAGCGGAAGAAAAACCCAUGGCGCAAGAGAAAGAAAAACCGAAAUUAUCAACAGAUGCUGAGAAGGAAGCCAACGACACCCAUUCUGCGCCACGCCCGGAUUCGCCUCCCGCAGCCGUUGCAGCCGAGCCGGCCGGCGGCAGUGCCGCAGACGAAGCAGACGCCGAGGUGCGCUCAGUUCGCUCCGUACGUUCAGUGCGGUCCUCAGGGUCUGACAAGGAGUCCUCAGCCGCCGAGCGGUCGGAGCCAGUAGGUCCGGACGCCGAGGCCACUCAGCUGUGCCAGGCUGACUCAGACGAGGAUGAGCUGCCGUACGUGCCCACCACUUUGCCGUUGGAGCGGCCACUUCAACAUCCCAUUGUCCCGAUCGAACAGCGCGGCUCGGAUCUGCGCUGCACCGCUGGGGUCGAGCGUCCGCGAUCAGCCAAAGAGGUCACACCAGCAGAUUUGAACAAUUACGUGAAAGAGGCCAGCACUGAGCCCGCGCCUACAUCACAAAGGGUGAAAAUAUUGAUACCGCAAGAUAGUUUGAAGCUGAUUCGAACACCAAAACGAAUGGCCAUGAAGAGCUGGUCGCAGUUCGCACACGAGGGUCUCCAGAGCCCUCGUUUGAAAAGGCAGCAGCGAGCGGCGGAGACUGAGACGACGUCAUCGGGAGACGGUCCUAGGAUGUCUGUCAUUCAGGCUGCGUCAUCUCUGGCGGAAGACGAAGAGGAAGAAGAACAUGAAGAGGCGAAGGGAUAUAAGAGCCCAGUGGUCUUAUCGGAUACGCCACCUGGAACACCUCCAGGCUGGAUUUGCGUCAACGACCUCCCAGAGCCGCGCCGAACUCCGAGAAAACUGGGCUCGGUUUCGACCAGCGCUACAGUGCACCAGCAUUCAUCAUCAUCCCCCACACAUUCCUCAACCGACACAAAGCACACAAACCUCAUCAGAUCGUCUUCUGCAGCACCACAGCGACGGCCUCGCAACGUCGACGAAGACUCUCGGCGACGAUCAGACCCGGCCGAGACGCCUCCGUCGCGCUCCACGCCUCGCUCUCCAGCGGCGGAUUGUACCGACUGUCCGUGUCGCCUCUCUCUGACCAGUGGGUCAUCUCAGGAACUUCCCACCAGCGGCAGCUUCAGUCAGCUGCCUCGAUCACCAGUAGAGUUGCGUGAAGGCGAGCUCAAACACGAAGAGAUCCAAUCUCGCCUCGGUGCUGAUUGUGCUCCUGUUCAUCGACAAACUGCUCUACUUGCGGACACACUCGAAGAUGCUACGCUCACUUACUUCCGCACUGUGCAGGAGAACAGCCCUUCGGCGGCCGAAGCGCGUCGGCGUUCUGCCUCAACACCCCGCAAGGACUCGUACGGCAACGUGCUGACUGUCGACCGGCCUGGCUCGAGGCCGCGCCUCUCCUCCACGGGUUCCGCAAAAUCACGCUCCCCAUCACCGCACAAAAUGCUGAUUGAGACCUCGUUCUGUGGCCGGCAGCCGGUGCCGGCCCCGGGCUCCUUCGAGGUGGACGAUCUGGUGGACAUAUCGCACCUGCCCAGCGAGACGGCGUCCCUGCACACAGACACGGACAGCAGCGGGAGACAGAGCCAGGACGGCUGCGUGUGCCGCUGUCACAGCGACACUGACGACCAGGACACGGACAGGAGGCAGGAGGAACUGCGCGAGAGACUCUCCGUCGUCAGCGGAAGCAGCAGCUCCUCGGGGCCUCCAACGUGCACAGAACGACCUCCACCGGACCGCGCGGAGCUGAACCGGUCGGGGGACACAGAGUACCUACUGGCGCAGCCUCCGGCGCCUUUCGGGAUGGACCUGGACGUGCCCAGCAAUAGGAGCAGCCGUGUCAUCUCCCCGCCGCCGAGCUGGCCGUCAUCGCCCGAAGACACACCGGCCCCCGAGGUGUAGCCUCUGCGCCGGCGGCCGCCUGCCGUAGCCUCUGCGCAGGCGUCCCGGGGUGGCCUAGCCAAUUCGGCAGCCUUCUCUUUUCUACCUUAUAUUGUAGUAUCCAUUGUAGCUGUUAGCGGCCCGUCUGAAGAGGCUGCUCGCUUCGCGCCGCCGCUGGUCUCCUGGUUUUCCUCUGGCACGAAG